CUUGGAUAGUUCGUUAUGAAUCCUGUUUAUAAUUAUCUCUUUAAAUUAAAAUGAAGCAAUGUUGCAAGAAUAUCUAAAAACGACGUUUAUGUGACUUCAGUUGAAUAUUAGAGGCUUCUGCAACCCAAAUAUAUCCGAGUUCAGGAUAGAGGAAGAAAAUUUAGUGUAGCGCUUGACGUUGGAGGUAGCAGACGCGCGUCAUUGGUAGCUCCGUCGCGAGUUUUCCCGCCAAAGACUAUGUUUUUACUGGUGUUAUUCAUGUUCGUCGAUUUAGUUUCAUGUUUCGAUUCUAGAAAUGUAGUGUUCACUAUCGUCAGCCAGGCGGAACCAUACCAUGCGAGUGUGGCCACUAGGCUCAAACAGGACAUAGACCACCAAGUUUUUGAACUAGAGGGGCGACGUCCCAUAGUCCACACAACGCAUGAAGAUUUCCCGGUGGGGGGCGCCUGGACGAUAAUACCUCUGUUACGGCCACUGACAGAGAAGCACAGCGGCAGUGAUGUGCGCUGGGUGGUCUUCCUGGAGCCACACACCGCUGUUAGAUGUGGGAAACUGUUCGAGGCACUUACUGCCGCUGAUAGCCAAAAGGACACUAUGUGGAUCGGUUACCCUUUGAGUGACGAAGAACCGACGAUUAUCCACCACUUUACAUUCUACGAGGAGUUGCAGGACGAUGGAGGUUUCGUAUACCCGAACUUUGCCAGCGGCUUCGCUAUGAGAAUUACACUUAUGAAUAAACUGCUAAACGAAAUAGAGAGCGGUGAUAGGAAAUUGGAGGCAGAUUUCUCAAUAGACGCGGCGUUUGAGCUCGCGCAGCUUGUGUACGGAGACGCGAGCCGGCGCGGGCCGCUGCUCACACCGGACUUGAGGUUCUGUGUCGUGUCCGCCGAUAACUGUGCCACCUACCCUAGGCCCUUUGAUUUAUGUGGCAGUGCCAUAGCUGAGGAGACGAUGUUGUUCGCGGUGAAGACCUGGAGCGGCUUCCACGCGACCAGAGCUAACGUGGUGAAGAAGACGUGGGGCAAACAUGUCACCAAUCUAUACUUCUUUAGUGAUAAAGCGGACGCUUCCAUCCCGACUAUAGAUAUAGGCGUACCCAACACUAAGACCGGACAUUGCGCGAAAACAAUGGCCAUACUGAAUCGUGUGGUCGACAUGAUUGAAGACAUGCCAAACAUUCAGUGGAUAUUCCUAGCGGAUGAUGAUACUAUUUUAGGUGUGCAGCGGCUGUGCGAGGUGCUGAGCUGCUACCGCGGCGGCGCGGCGCUCACCCUGCUCGGCGAGCGCUACGGAUACGGAUACGGCAAGAGGGAGACAGCUGCCAAAGGUUACGACUACAUAACCGGUGGGGGCGGCACAGUGGUCAGUGUGGGCGCGGCGCGUGCACUGCGCACCUGCGUCUGCGCCGCGCUCAGCGCACCCGACGACAUGACACUAGGCGCAUGCGCCAAGCGACGUAACAUCACCCUCACACACUCCCCGCUCUUCCAUCAGGCGCGGCCGCAGGAGUACAGUCGCGAGGCGGUGUCGCGCGCGCGGCCCGUCUCCUUCCACAGGCACGCGGCCGACCCGCUGCGACUGUACGCCGCAUGGUUCCUGCACGACGACCGCGCGCGUACACACCAAGCCCGGGAAGAACUAUAGCUCUCACUGACUCACUGACUCACUGACACACAACAUAAUAUUUACCUCCAUCUACGUGACACAUGUUACCGUAGGAUUCCACUGCAUCCUCUUUCACUAAACAGAGUAUAUAUGUAUCAAUAGAAGUUACACUGCAGUGGAAUUGUACGUUAAGGUGAUGGUUAAUUAUGUUGCUUCUCGAAUACCGAUAACUAAUCUUUGAGAAUUAAUUACUUCUACAACUACUGUGAAAUAACACUAAUUAUAUACUCUCAAAUAAGUAUAUAGUAAUCCAUGUGCAUGUUUUCUUAUAGGAUGAUAUUAUUUGCAUUUAAGUUUUUACUGGAGACAGUAAUAUGAUCUUUUACGCUUAUAUACGCCAUAAUAAAUUUGUGAUCAAACUCUGGUUUAUUUUAGUUUAAAAAUAUUAUAAUAAA